AUGCCUCCGACAUUAUGUGAGGUAUGUAAGGAGGCACGUGCAGCCGUUAUAAGGCCCAAAAACUCGCAGAAAAUUUGCAAACAAUGUUUUCUGUCAGUGUUCGAAAUCGAAAUUCACGAGACUAUCGUGAGUAAUAAUCUCUUUCAUCGAGGUGAACGGGUCGCAAUUGGUGCAUCGGGUGGCAAAGACUCUACCGUCCUCGCCUCCGUUCUCAAGACUUUGAAUGAGCGUCACGACUACGGCUUGGACCUUGUUCUCUUGUCCAUCGACGAAGGUAUCAGAGGCUAUCGUGAUGACAGCCUUGAAACUGUGAAGAGAAAUGCCAGACAGUACGAUAUGCCUCUUGAGAUUGUGGGUUACGAUCAACUCUAUGGGUGGACCAUGGAUCAAGUGGUAGCCCAAGUGGGAAAGAAGGGAAAUUGCACCUAUUGUGGCGUGUUCCGAAGACAGGCGCUGGACAGGGGAGCGGCAAAGUUGGGAAUCAAGCAUGUCGUUACUGGUCAUAAUGCAGAUGAUGUGGCAGAAACCGUCAUGAUGAAUCUCCUGCGUGGCGACUUGCCCCGGCUUGCAAGGGCUACAUCUAUCAUGACUUCCAGUGCAGCAAGCGAGAUCAAACGAAGCAAGCCGCUCAAAUAUGCCUACGAGAAGGAAAUCGUGCUGUACGCUCAUCACAAGAAGUUGGAUUACUUCAGCACUGAAUGCAUCUACUCACCCGAAGCAUUCCGCGGCAGUGCAAGGACUUUGAUCAAAGAUUUGGAAAAAAUUCGACCGAGCAGUAUCCUAGACAUCGUCAAGAGUGGGGAGGACAUGGCUGCUCUUGUUCCGCCGGAAGUGAGCAGCUCCGUGCAGUGCGUUGCACAUGCCGAAGAGACCAACGGCUGCGGCACCCGCAAUACCGACGGUGGCUCGAUGGCGCAGAUGGAGAAACGAAUGGUCGCAAAUGGAGCUGCCGCGGAACGAGAGACUGAGAUCACAUUACCCAAGGGAGGGAUCACCCAAAACGCAACAUCCUCAGUAAGCAUCCACGACAAGAAAGCGAGAGGACGCAAAAAGGUCAACAAGCAAGUUAUGGGUCAGUGCGAAAGAUGCGGAUAUCUGUCCAGCCAGAAGAUCUGCAAAGCUUGCUCACUGCUUGAGGGUCUAAACAAGAGUCGACCACGAAAUACCAUCGAAGUCGGGAUUGAGGACGAAGAGAGUAGCACAACCUUGAUGAGGCAGGUCACUGAUCUCACUAUCUCUGCCGGUUGAAGCCGCGAUCCUCACGCCAUCUUCCGCCGCGAAGCUAUUCCUCUGUCGGCAAUUGCGACCAACACUUCCCACGCCUUUGCGACUAGCAGCAUUACUAUCUGAGUGGCAAGGAUGGAAGACCUCAACAAAUGAUUCUUUAUGGUCAACGUGGGUCUCCGGCCUCGAGAGAAUGUCGAGUCGACAAAUUCAAAAGGCAAGCGAGCUUCUAAAUGGUUGACAGCCACGGACAACCCGCUGCUGAAGCCGUCUUCGUGGAACCCAUAUUUUGACCAAGCCCCGCAGUAACUGACAUUCCUGGUGUUUUGGAUCCUUGGUAACAACCUCUGGGAUCUGAUAGCCGCAGCAUUAUACAACGGAUGGGAGUAUUCCCAGAUGCCCUGCGCCGAACGGGGAUCUGGCAUAUUCAGAGGAUUCAGCGUGACCAGGACGGUGCCGAAUUUGUCCUCGGGUAUAUGUUGCAACAGAUUCAUCCAAUACGUCAAACAGACCUUGGAGAUGUUCUGGCUUCUUGUGGGAGGAAAUGGAGAUUCUGUGAUAUAAUUCCAAGCCGACCAAGCCACCCGCCUUUUUGGCAUCAGCGCAAGAUCCGAGUGCAAGACGGCGAUAUUCCUACUUGUCUGGAAGCCGCUGAGUAUAUCGAUCUCUUCCUGUGUGGCUACUGGUUUCAGGAUUUCCAGGGCUUGGUCCCCAUGAGUUGCGAGAAUUACAUGGUCGAAUUCCAAGUCUUUGCUGUUGGCUGUUAGCACGACUGUGCCCUUCUCGGUGGGUUGUAAAGCAGUGACUUUGGAAUUGAUGUGUAUUCGGUCUUUGGGGAAAGCCUUCAGUACGGCAUCGAUGUACUGCUUUGAGCCCCCAGGAAUGGUCAUCCAGUCUGGACGCUGGGCAAUUGUGUUCAACAGGUGAUGGUUGUACAUGAAGCGAAUCAGAGUGAUGGCUGGAAAUUCCAGGGAACAUUUGUCAGGACUAGUACUCCAGACAGCAGCGGUCAUGGGAAUGAGGUAAUUGUCCCGGAAUUCAGGCGAGUAAUUCUCCCUGUCGAGGUAGUCGCCAAUGGUUUCCUGAGCUGAGGGCUUGUCUGUGCUCGAUCCCUCCUCGGUUGUGGGAUCACUGUCGCUUUCAGAUUCGUCUUGCAAUAGAUCCAGAGCAAAUUCAUUGAACCGCACGAUAUCGAAGAUCAUCCUCCACAUCCCAG